AAUCGACAGCAAUUUGAGUAUACAACACAACCCAUGCAGGAUACGACACUUGGCAAUAUGUCUCUUAUACUCAACAAGCCUAUUGCUUUCAUCCAUCAAGGUGAUUGUGAGCACAUGAUCUUGAUUCCUGAUGUGCGUCUAUUAGCACCUAAUGAAUACAAAUCUAUCACUGAGUUUCCUCGAACAACGCAUAAUUUCACUUAUAUUCGCUACAAAUGUUCCAUGUGCUCUGUUUAUCCUGCCACAAAAAUCACAAUGAAUGAUAUUGUCAGUGGAUUCUCACCUUGUUAUUUCUGUGAUGACUGCUUUGCAUCUUUUCAU